AUGAAUAAUCCAAACAGACAAUCAGGUAAGUUGGAAGAUAAGUCUAGUGCUCAUAAGCGAACUGUUAAAGCCAGGCUUUACCAGUAUUUCAGACUCUCCAGCUCGUUUCUGUUUGCUGCACUAGGUGCAAGAUGGGCGAUUCUUUUCCCAUUAGUGGGACUGAAAUUCACACCAGGAGGAAUUCAUGAAUUCCUGUGCUACCUGAUGGUAUAUGCUGGAGUCUCAGAGAUUGUUUGGACUUUCGUCUUCCACGGGCUCAAAAGAACCAUCUUCUCGAGAACUAUGCUAAAAGAUAUCAAUUUACUAUAUUUCGUAAUUACCAUGCAUUUUCAUGAUGAUUACGAGCACGCUCUGGUUUUGAAGAGUAUCGCAUAUUCUACUUUCAUUGCAUCGCUAGCGCUUAGCCAGACCUAUUGCCAUUGGUGCAAAUUGUUUCGGGCCCCAUCGCGCAGUCGAAGAACAGUGCUGUGGAAGAUAGACACAUUCGCAACAUUGCCCGUGCUGUAUUUGAGCGAAUUUUACUUGCUUCUGCUCAACUUACAAACACCCAGUUACCACACAUACCCUUGGCUCCAAAUCGUCAAUAAGGCUGUAUUAGUGGCCUUUAUUCCUGUUUCAUUGCAUUCGUUCAGAAAACAAGUUGCAGCGUGGUAA